ACAACCACACACUGCUACCUGGUUAUCAUAAUGGUCCUGCAGAUGUAUAGACAGUAUUUAUGUUUCUGUCUGUUGCCAGUUGAGAAUGAAGAGGAAGCUGAGAGAGUUCUGUUCUCGUACGGCUACGGAGCCAAUGUUCCCACAACGGCCAAAAGAAGACUAAAGCAGAGCGUUCACCUGGCACGCAGGGUGCUGCAGCUUGAGAGGCAAAACACAUCAUUGAGGCAAGAGCUGGACAGAUACAAGUCACAGACAGGACAGAUAUCUGAAGAGUUGUUGGCAGCCAACCAGCUGCUGCAGCAGACGCAGCAGCCCUAUAGCUACCUGAUUGAGACAGUGAGACAAAGAGAAGCACAGAUCAGCACAUUGAAGGAACGCAUCACCUCGCUUGAGGACGAUGUCAGUUCUCUGAGGAAAGAGCGGACCGCCCUGCAGCAGGUGAAAAACAACAUGGCCGCCGAUCUGGAGAGACUGCUCAACCAUCGGGAGGAGUUAGCAGUGAUGAAGCAGGUCCUGAUCAGCAUGCGGUCCAGACAGGGAGACGCUUUGGAUCUGCUGGAAACGGAUAAAACCGAUGUCAGGAGCUCUGGCGCAAGAAAACAACAGUCUAAAAGAAUCAAUCGGACCGCAGAGGAAGAGUCACCAAACAAACCCAAACCCACUGUAUUCACCAAAAAAGAAGUUCCUGACUGGUAUCAAAAGCUGAGCAGAAACCCAAAUAAACUACUACUACUACAACUACUACUAUGGCUACUAAUAAUUUUCACUCAGGGCUUUAGCAAUCUCAUGUUUUUAUCAAGGGUGUUUGUAUUUUAA